ACUAAAUAUUAUAUUAUCAAAGCAAACUUUGUAGAAUUUGACAACGUAGAACUUCAUGUGGAAACCUCGAAACUAUGAACAUAUGUAAUUAACUAAUUAUAUAUAACACUUCAAAAACAUGGCAUAGAUUUGAGGAGUUCAACAAAAUCAAAGAGGAAGAAGUGGGUCUCUGUCUCUGUCCUUAAAUUUCUCUUUCUUUCUUAGCUUUCCUUUGAAGAAGAUUAGAAGAUGAUUGAAGAUACACUUCUUAUUCACAAGGACUAUGUGGACAUAAAAUCUAUAAAGAAAUCUCCAUUAACAUAUGGGUUGGUAGUUUUGGUCAUCACUGCAGUUUGUGGAAUGUAUCUUUGCUCAAUUAAUUUAGAGCAUCCAAGGGUUAUUAUUAGAGCAAAUACAAAGUUGUUGGAACUUAGAAGUAAAGUCUUUAAUAGUAAUAAUUAUUCAUCAUCAUCUUGUUAUCCUUAUGGUGUGGAACAAUGGGAACUUCCCUACUUGCAUUAUCCACAACCCAAAACUUAUAAUAGAGAGGAAUGUGCAUGUAAUCCUGUUAGGUUUUUUGUGAUCCUCUCAAUGCAAAGAUCAGGAAGUGGAUGGUUUGAGACAUUUUUGAACAGCCAUGGCAAUGUAAGCUCCAAUGGAGAGAUAUUCUCUUUGAAAAAAAGAAGAGCAAAUGUUUCUUCAAUUUUGAAGACAAUGGACACACUUUACAAUCUUGAUUGGUUCACUAGUGCUUCCAAGAAUGAAUGCACUUCAGCUUUGGGAUUCAAAUGGAUGCUCAAUCAGGGUUUGAUGGAGAAUCAUGAAGAGAUAGUGAAAUACUUUGAAAGGAGAAAGGUUUUUGUAAUAUUUCUUUUCAGAAGAAAUUUGCUUCGCAGAAUGGUAUCUGUGUUGGCAAAUUCAUAUGACAAAGAUGCCAAGCCAUUGAAUGGAACCCACAAGUCUCAUGUUCACUCUCCAUUGGAGGCUAAAAUUCUUGCCAAAUACAAGCCAUGGAUCAACACCACGUUACUGGAAUCAGAACUGAAGGAAACAAAAGAGACAGCUUCUAUUAAACCACUCUUCCACCUUAGUGGAAGAGUGGUUUAA